AUGGUCGUCCCCGCUUCUCGCGCUGCUCCCUCGACCCCUCUCUCGGGAGAACCUGAUCCGGCGUACGACGUUGUGGUGAUUGGGUGCGGGAUGGCAGGCGCAGUGGCAGCGAGACAGCUUGCGGGACAUCGUGUGGCGCUGCUCGAAGCGCGCAACCGGGUAGGAGGACGGAUCUACACCGCGGGAGAGGUCGAAGGUCUCCCGCAACCAAUCGACCUGGGUGGCUCGAUGAUUCACGGCUUCCGCGAGGGCGUGCCGACUGCCAAGCUCAUAACACACGAGCUGGGAAUGGACGUCCAUGUCCCUCAAGGCGCCAAGGGUCUCGUCUACGGCCCGAACGGCCCUCUCGCAGAAGCAGAAGCGACAUCUCUUUUCGCGACGUCCGCCCAGAACGCCUUCACCCCUCCUUCAGGCGUCCCAGCCGAUGCAUCCAUCGCCUCUCUCCUCUUCCCGACCCUCAAGUCGGACCCACGACUCGUCGCUCUCGCACGAACCGCAGAGAUCGGUGCAGGUGUUGAGUUGGAGGGAAUGAGUGCCAAGUAUGCGGGCUUCGAGCAGGGUUUCAAGGGCACGGACGGCUUCCCCGAAGGCGGAUAUGGCGAAGUAAUGAAGAACCUCGUCGCGGACAUCAAGGCGGCCGGCGGUGAGGUGCGUCUUAGCGUCGAGGUCACAGAAAUCGAGGAUCUCGGAGCGGGCAAGGGUGUCAGGGUGGAGACGAAGGACGGACGCACCUUCACCGCCAAAGCCGUCAUUUCGACCAUCCCGCUCGCUGUCCUGCAGCAUUCGCCUCCGACCUUCCAACCCCCUCUCUCGCCGCUCUAUACCGCAGCCAUUGAGCGGAUGCGGACUGGCUCGCUCGAGAAGAUCGUACUCUCCUACCCGUCGGCGUGGUGGCCCAGCCCGGACGAGAACGGCUCGUUCCUCCUUCUCCCCCUGCACGAUCCAUCCGUACCUCUCGAGGAAGCGAAGCCGGCAUCACUCCACGACCUCUUCUCCCGCACCGUCAUUCCCGUUUCGUCCUUCCAGCGCAUCGCCUCGACUCCCCAUCCUACCCUUCUCGCCUACAUCGGUCCAGCCGCCGCUCGGUACAUUGCCUCUUACCCGGCCGACGAGGUUGCCUCCGCGUUCCACGACUACCUUGUCACCCGCCUGUCUCCCUCGGCUGCUCCUCCCGCUCCCACCGUCAAGCUCGUCACCGAAUGGCAACGCGACCCCUUCUCACGCGGCGCGACCUCGACACCCGUCCCGCUCACGCAGUCGAAGGACGGCGAGCGCGCCUCGCCUCUCGACUUUGUCAUCGUCUCCCGCCCGACGUGGGACGGUCGGCUCGGUUAUGCGGGCGAGCAUACGGACCUCGACAAUCACGGAAGCGUGGCGGGUGCGGCGAUUAGCGGGCAGAGGGAGGGAACGAGGGUGAAGGAGUUAUUGGAGAGGCUGGCGGAGCAGGAGGCGAACGAGCAGGGCAAGGCGUUGCUGUGA